AUGUCCCCAUAUCAAUUAGUUUAUGGGAAGGCUUGCCAUUUGCCACUUGAGCAGGAACAAAAAGCUUUGUGGGCUCUCAAGUUAUUAAACUUUGACAGCAAGGAUGCUGGUGAAAGAAGGCUUUUACAACUGCAAGAACUAGAAGAGUUCAGAUUCCAGGCCUAUCAAAAUGCAAAAAUUUACAAGGAAAAUGCAAAAGAAAGACAUGACAUCAAGCUGGCACCAAGAAGCUUUAAAGAGGGACAGAGAGUGUUCCUCUAUAAAUCCAAGCUAAAGCUAUUUCCUGGAAAGCUAAAGUCAAGGUGGUCAGGACCUUUUCUUGUCACCAAGGUUUCCCCUUAUGGACAUAUAGAAAUUAUGGAGGAGAAAUCACAGGAAACCUUCACUGUAAAUGGACAAAGGCUCAAGCACUAUCUGGGUGAUAUGAGUGAAAGGCCCAAGAUGAAGUACAAACUCAACUGA